AUGAUUGUGCGUGAGCUGCUGACGGGCAUCCCCCUGGCACUGGUGUCGGAUGCAGGGCUGCCCGCCGUCAGCGAUCCUGGCGGCCGGCUCAUAGCAGCUGCGGUGGAGGCUGGCAUUCCCAUCAUCCCCGUGCCAGGCCCUUCAGCACUCUUGACAGCUGCGGUGGCUUCGGGAUUCGACACCUCCCGCAUGCUGUUCGUUGGGUUCCUGCCGGCCAAGCAGCAGGCACGGUGCAAGGAGCUGGAGCAGAUCCAAGGGCUGCCAGCCACGGUGGUCGCGUUUGUGUCGCCCCACGCUCUGCGUGCUGUGCUCAGCGACAUGUGCGCCGUGCUGGGGCCCGACCGCCGGGCAAUGCUGGGCCGGGAGAUGACCAAGCUGCACGAGCAGUUUCUGAGGGGCUCGCUGCGCGAGCUGGAACAGCUGCACGAUCCGGCCCAAGGGGCGCGGGCACCGCGAGGCGAGUACACCCUGGUCCUGGCCCCACCCGAGGUCGGCGGUGCGGGCGGCUCAGAGCAGGGCCUGACGGACGAGGACGUGCGCUCGGCGCUGGCGGUGGCGAUGCGGGCGGGGCACACCCGCUCCUCCGCGGCCGCAUCCGUGUCCCAGUCGCUGCGCGUGCCCAAGAAGCGUUCGUACCGCCUGUCCCUGGAGGUUGGGGACAGCCAGCCCGGCCAGGGGGGGGGGCAGGCUUAG